AUGGUUCCCAAAAUAGUUCAAUUUCUCAUUCUCUUAUAUCUCUUUACGGUUACUUUUGCUUUCAAUGAGGAAGAAAUUGCCCUCCUAAAAUGGAAAGCAACUUUCAAGAACCAGACUAAUUCCUUAUUGGCUUCAUGGACUCAAAGUUCGAAUGCAUGCAUGGAUUGGUAUGGAGUUAUGUGCUUAAAUGGUAGGGUAAGCAAGUUGGAUAUUCAAGGUGCUCAUGUCAUCGGUACACUCUAUGAUUUUCCAUUUUCGACUCUCCCUUUUCUUGAAUAUGUUGAUCUUAGUGUGAAUAAUCUCUCUGGAACUAUCCCACCUGAAAUUAGUAAUCUCACUAAUCUUGUCUAUCUUGACUUGCACACCAAUAUGAUUUCAGGCACAAUCCCAUUCCAAAUCGGCUCACUAGCAAAUCUCCAGAAUAUUAACAUCUAUGACAACCUUUUAAAUGGUUUCAUUCCUGCCUCAUUGAGUUAUUUAAGGUCUCUUACUUCUCUAGAUUUGGGUACUAAUUCUCUUAAUGGCUUUAUUCCUGCUUUAUUGGGAAAUUUGACCAGCCUUUCUAUUCUGUAUCUUCAGGAGAAUAACCUUUCUGGCUCCACUCCUGAAGAAAUAGGUUAUUUAAGGUCUCUUAGUCAACUAGUUUUGGCUAAGAAUUCUCUAAGUGGUGUUAUUCCUGCUUCAUUGGGAAAUUUGGCUAAGAAUUCUCUUAGUUAUUUAGAUUUCUCUACUAAUUUUCUUAGUGGUUCUAUUCCUACUUCUUUGGGGAAUUUGAAUGUGUUCUUCUUUUGGCAACUUGAGAAACUUGCAAUGGAUGUAUCUCCACACAGCAACAAUCUCACUGAGAAAAUUCCUUUAUCUUUUUGCAAUUUGAUAAAAUUGGAAGUGGUGUAUUUGGGGAAACAACUUGAGGGGAGAAAUUCCGCAGUGUCUAGUUAA